CUGGCUCGACAGCGGGCAUCGGGUCACCAGGUAUGACAGCGGGCACUGGGUCACCAGGCAUCAGGUCAUUUGGCUCGCCAGCGGGCACCGCGUCAUCUGGCAAGGCAGUGGGCACCGAGUCACCAGGUACGACAGCGGGCUCUGAGUCAAUUGGCACGACAGCGGGCACUGCGUCAUCUGGCAAGGCAGUGGGCUCCGAGUCAACUGGUAUGACCGCGGGCACUGGGUCAGACAUUGGAUCGUCUGGCUGGACAGCGGGCAUCGGGUCACCAGGCAUCAGGCUGAGUAGAAGGCAUCAGGCUGAAGAGAGGCAUCAGGCUGAAGAGAGGCAUCAGGCUGAAGAGAGGCACCAGGCUGAACCACGGAAGGCAGGUUCUCAGACGGCAGGAUCACUGGGUUAAAGGCAGGAUAGGUGCAGCGAGUGGGAACAGG